ACACCAUAAACAACAACCAAUGCACACCAUCAUGGUUCAACUGUCACACAUUUCACGUGUUAAAUGUGUCAAAAUCAAAAAGAAACACAUGUGAAUCAAAACUGAAAUAUUGUGAAACAGUUUGACCGGGCCGAAUUUUCUUUUAUUGAAAUUGAACUGAAUUGCGAUAUCGAUCGAAUUGUGUGGAAAAAACUGAGAUGCCCAAUAGUAAAUUGUUCCAGCGGCAUCGUUCGUUGGGUUUGAUAUGUAAUCAUGUGCCGGCAACGGUGCGAUUUGCAACACGGCGCCAAGAAAACAUCAUAAUAACGAGUAUUGGUCGGGUGUUUCACGUGUACAGUGCCAAUCAUUUUCGGUUAAUUUGUGUGAGCGGACUGCAUCCCGAGGAUAUCACCGCAAUCACAUCGGACAAUCGGUUUGUGUACACGGCGGCUGGUUCGCAAAUAUUUGCAUGGCGUGCUGGGAACAUUGUGCGCCAUCAUUUCGAGGGUCAUGAAAAGAAAGUGUAUCUAUUGUUACCGUUUGGUGUGCAGCAUCUCAUCUCCAUCGAUGCGGACAGUUUGUUGAAAGUGUGGAACGUGCAAAAUGAAACGGAAUUCUGUGAAAUACCAUUCAAUAACAAUGAAUUUAAAAUUACGGCCGUGUGUCAUCCACCGACGUAUCUCAACAAAAUCUUGCUGGGCAGUGAACAAGGCGUGUUGCAACUGUGGAAUAUCAAAAAAUCCGCACUGGUACACACAUUUCAAGCCUUCCACUCAAAGGUUACUGUUCUUGAACCAGCACCAGCCAUUGAUGUGAUUGCCGUUGGUUUGGCUGAUGGCGGAAUUACGCUGCUCAAUUUGAAAUACGAUGAAGUGGUGAUGCAAUUCAAACAAGACUGGGGACCAGUCACUUCCAUCACCUUUCGCACUGAUAACCAACCAUUCAUGAUCACUGGCAGUACAAAUGGACAUGUAGUCGUUUGGAAUCUUGAAGAAAAAGUCAUCUUUAAUCAAUUCCAAGCACAUACACAGAGCAUCGCCAGCGCCGCUUGCAUGACCAAUGAACCAUUGCUGUUCACAUCAUCAGCCGAUAAUUCGAUUAAAUUGUGGAUCUUCGAUUUGCCCGACGGAAGAGCUCGUUUGCUUCGAAUCCGAGAAGGACAUUCGGCACCACCGUUAUGUAUUAAAUAUUACGGUGCAAAUGGAAGCCGGAUUUUGUCUUCUGGUGAAGAUUCAUCGUUGCGUGCCAUUAGUACGAUUUCGGAAACACUGAACAAAAGUUUCGGUCGUGCCAGUUACAAUCGGAAAGCAUCAAAGAAACGAAAUCGAAUGGAAGAGGAUCCGUUUCAAAUGCCGCCAAUCGUUGAGUUUACGAGCGAGUGUACGCGUGAAAAGGAAUGGGAUAACAUAGCGGCUAUUCAUUCUGGCUUAGUGGUGACGACCACAUGGUCGUUCAAUCGCUGUAAAAUGGGUGAAGUGCGACUGGUGCCGGAAAAAUACCAAAAUAAAAAUCGAACCGAUUUCAAUGCAGAAGCCACAUGCAUUUCGUUGACGCAUUGUGGAAAUUUUGUAAUAAUUGGUUAUUCGGGCGGUGAUGUGGAGCGAUUCAACAUACAGUCAGGUAUACAUCGUGCAUCGUAUGGUGGAAAGAAGGUGGCACACAAGGCGCCCGUCCGUGGUGUGCACAGCGAUUGCUUAAAUCAAACGGUCAUAUCGGGUGACAGUGAUGGUGUGUUGAAAUUCUGGAAUUUCAGUGAAAAAACCAAUUUGCCACACACAAAAUUAGUUUUAUCCACCGGAAUCACAAUGUUCCGUGCGCAUCCGGAGAAUGCGCUGCUCUGUGUCGUGCUCGACAAUUUCACCGUAAACGUAUUGGAUUAUGAGACAAAGACGAUUGUUCGUAAAUUUGCCGGUCACACAGCUCGAAUCACCGAUGCAGCGUUCAGUGCAGACAGUCGCUGGUUGAUCACCGCAUCGAUGGACUGUUCGAUCAAAGUGUACGAUAUCCCAUCUGCGUAUAUGAUUGAUCAUUUCCAAAUGGAAACGGCGUGCAUUUCAUUGACUGUAUCGCCAAAUGGUGAUUUUCUAUCCACGGCACACGUUAACAAAUUGGGCAUAUACACUUGGGCCAAUAAAUCGUUGUUCACCCACGUGUCCAUCACAUCGAUCGAUCCAUUUGCAACGCCACCGAAAAUUGAUUUACCCGACUCGACCGAUUCAUCGGUUGAACGUGAUGAAAUUGGUAUCGAUGUUAAGCCAGAAAUUGAUAGCUUAACUUAUCAAACACCGACACAAAUCGACAGUAGCCUGAUCACAAUGUCAACGCUAGCCGCAUCCAGGUGGCAAAAUCUACUCAAUUUAGACACAGUGAAAAAGCGAAACCGACCAAAGGUGGCGCUAUAUAAACCAAAACAUGCCAAUUUCUUCUUACCCACAGUCGCCGGACUUGAUUUUCAAUUUGAUCUGUCUGAUCAGAAGCAGGAUGCAAGUGGAACGAAGGAAAUUACCAAACUCAAUCAACCCAAUCACUUUUCAAAUCUAACGAAAUUCGGCCAUUGUCUGGAUGAUAGCGUUAAGACAAACGAUUUUACAAAUUGUGUUCAACAUAUUACCGCACUCGGCCCAUCGAUGGUCGACUUUGAAAUCAAAUCGCUCGAUCCGCAUGCCGGCGGUAACGAUACAGUCAUGUUGCAUUUCAUGAAAAUGAUCCAUCACAUGCUGGUGUCGAAUAGUAAUUUUGAAUUAGCACAAAGUUAUUUAGGUCUAUUUUUGAAGGAACAUUCACGCUACCUCAUCGCACAGCCCAUACUGAGGGCAUUCCUGCACGACAUUGAAACGGCACAGAAUGAAGGAUGGAAGAAAUUAGAAAAUAAGCUCCUUUAUGGCAUUGCUGUCGCAACCGAAUCACGACUUUAUGCCAAUUAAUUACACGAUUUGGAUGAUACAAUGCUGUUGACGUUGAAACUUUUUUUUUAAUGGAAAUAAAUAAAAAAAAAUAUUUUGAAGAGAAAAAUAAAAA